CUUUUCGCAUCAAUGCCACAAAUGCUGCAUUCAUACUGACCGGCCAGUCCACAUUUCACACUCCCUAUCCAAUCUUCUCUGCUAUAAAUAUACCAAAAACAACAAUACAAACAAAAUCAAAAUCAAAAUCAAAAUACCAAUCCGAAAUUGAACAAGUUUUUUUUGCAACAAUGGCAGAGGAAGCUAUCAGCAACAAGCGAGUUAUGUUCAAGAAUUACGUGACUGGAUUUCCAAAAGAAUCCGACAUGGAGUUAGUCACUUCUUCUACAAAGCUUAACAUAGCAGAGGGCACUAAAGAUGCAGUUCUGGUGAAGAAUUUGUAUUUGUCGUGUGAUCCUUAUAUGCGUAGCCGUAUGUCCAAGUUUGAUACUCUUACUAUUACUUCUUCAUUUCAGCCAGGAAAGCCUGUUGGUGGAUUUGGAGUUGUAAAAGUGUUGGAUUCUACACAUCCAAAUUACAAGAAAGGAGACUUGGCAUGGGGGAUUACCGAGUGGGAAGAGUAUAGUCUCAUUGUCUCACCACAGCUUUUAAUUAAGAUUCCGCAUACUGAUCUCCCACUUUCCUACUACACUGGAAUUCUAGGUAUGCCUGGUAUUACUGCAUAUGCUGGCUUUCAUGAGGUUUGCUCUCCUAAGAAAGGAGAAUUUGUGUAUAUAUCAGCAGCAUCCGGCGCAGUUGGUCAGCUUGUUGGGCAGUUUGCGAAACUAUUCGGCUGUUACGUUGUUGGGAGUGCUGGAUCUAAAGAAAAGGUUGAUCUGCUAAAGAACAAAUUCGGAUUCGACGAGGCUUUCAACUACAAGGAAGAGCCAGACUUAAAUGCAGCUCUUAAAAGAUAUUUUCCGGAAGGAAUUGACAUUUACUUUGAAAAUGUUGGAGGGAAAAUGCUUGAUGCAGUGCUCCUCAACAUGAGGGUCCGUGGCAGAAUUGCUGUGUGUGGGAUGAUCUCCCAGUACAAUCUUGACAAGCCUGAAGGUGUACAUAAUCUAACUUCUAUUAUUUAUAAAAGAGUACGCAUCGAAGGAUUCCUGGCAAAUGAUUUUUAUCACCUUUAUCCUAAAUUUCUCGAGAUGGUUAUCCCUUACAUCAAAGAAGGCAAGAUUGUUUACGUAGAAGACGUAGCCGAAGGCCUCGAGAAUGCACCGACAUCUCUCAUAGGACUAUUUCAUGGUCGCAAUGUUGGAAAACAGGUAGUGGCUGUUGCUCGUGAAUGAUACGAUUAUGGUGUACCGUGUAAUGUUCCUUUAAAGUUACUGAUUAUGAUGUUAUAUGUUCUGUUUAUACAAAUGAAUGUUUGAUCAAUAAAGAACUUCUCACAAGCUCAGAACUUUCUUUUA